GGCUGACGUGUCCCUUGCUGAAGACAGGACCAGAGCAGGGUGGCACCAUGGGCUCCUCUGUCUUCCCGUGCCUCAUUGUUAUCCUGCUCAUUGGGGGCACCCCAGUGGGGUGUGCUGGUGACAGUGGCUCUGCUGGAGAUGGUGGCUCUGCAUCCCACAGCACAGCCAGCACCACAAAGAAGCCUGUCCCGUUGAACAACACUGCAGAUGCUGAAGCCUUCAUCAAUGGUGCAGAGGUGGUGGUGGUUGGAUUUUUCCAGGAACCGGAGAGCUCUGAAGCGUCGAAGUUUCGCCUGGUAGCCGGUCGGAUCCCGGAGGUGCCUUUCGGCCUCAGCACCAGCCCCGAGGUCUUGUCCCACUACGGCGUGGCGCCCAACACCGUCACUCUUUUCCGCACGGUGGACAAUGGCCGGAGGGAUCUGGAUCUGAACAACAAAGACAUUGACGCUGACAAGAUGACUCGCUUUGUUCGGAUCAAUGAGCUUCGCCUGGUGACGGAUUACAACCCCGUGACAGCAAUAGGUGUGAUGCACAGUUCACUCGAGCUUAACCUCCUCCUGUUCACAGACAAGAUGUCCCCAAAGCACCCCGAGAGAAUGCGCAAGUACCGGGCAGCAGCAGAGCUCUUCAAGGGGAAGAUUCUUUUUGUCCUGAUAGACAUCAAUUUGAAGAGCAAUGAACGAGUAGUGGACUACUUCAACCUGAAGAAGUCCCAGCUGCCAGCUCUGGCUAUAUUCCAUGUACCAGAUGAGAAGCAGGAAGUGUUGACUCUGGAUGAAAUCUCUGUUGAUGGUGUACAGGACUUCUGUAAUCGUUUCUUACAAGGAAUGCAGAAGAAAGAAGAUGAACCUGAGGAGAAGGCCCUCAGUGAUGAACUCUGAUUCUUAGCCAGCAAGAAGACUGUGCCCAGAAUCAUCUGCUUCUGGUGGAUGAGGAGUUGACUGAGCUCUGCAGUCAGGAAUUCCUGGGAUAGUGGGAUUAAGGGAUCAAGUCAGUCACGGAUUUCUUUCUCCAUGCUAUAUACAUGUAUGCUGUCUGUUCUCCCUAGGAAUCUCUUCUCCUUUCUCAUUUGUUGGCUCCAGCUUUCUUUUCUCAGCUCUGGUAUUGCAAAAUGGCAAUAUCAGAGACAAAGAUUGUAGUUACCAGAGAUAUAUUGCCCUCAUUCCUUUUUUGCUUUUGGUGCCAUGCUGGGAGCCACUGUCAGCCUACUCUGACACUAAGAACAGAUUGGUUGCUUGAUGUCAC